AUGUCCAUCCUUCAAACCGCCAAGACCCAAUACACGUCCGUUGAGGGCACCAAGGUCGCCUAUCGCCGCUUUGGGAAGCCGAGCACUAUUCCAUUGUUCUAUGUGAACCACCUCCGCGGGUCCAUGGAUAUGCUCGAUCCCCUCCUCUUCAACACCAUUGCCGAAAAUCGAGAAGUCAUCGUGUAUGACAGCUUUGGCAUCGGACACAGCGACGGCCAAGUCCCUCACACUGUUGCCCGUAUGGCCGAGAUUGCCGCCAGGUUCCUAGACGCCAUCAAGGUCAAGAAGGCCGACGUAAUUGGCUUCUCACUGGGAGGCGGUGUGGCUCAAACUCUCGCCUGGGACCAUUCUCACCUGGUUCGCAAGCUGAUCCUCGCCGGUACCCAGUCCGCGGUCGGCGAGGGAGUGGUCUUGCCACCACAAGAAGUCUUGGAGAAGGCGGGCGGGAACAAUGACGAACCUCUUACUAAGGAGGACAUGAUGUCCUUGUUCUUCUAUCCCUCCGAGUCGAGCCUGGCGCUUGGGCAGCAAUGGUGGGAGCGGAUUCACGAACGAAGGGCGACGGGCGAAGAGCGAAGGGGCUAUCUCGUGGGACAGGGAGCACGGUCACAGCUAUCGGCCAUCUUUUCAUUCACGGUUGACGAGACCAACUUCGAGCGUCUCAAGGAUAUCAAGGCCCCAACUCUGGUUACCAACGGUCACACCGACGUUAUGUCCCCGACGGCCAACAGCUUUGUGCUCCAGCAAAAGCUUGCCAACGCUCAGUUGAUCUUAUAUCCUGAUUCAGCCCAUGGCCAUCUAUUCCAGAUGCCGAAGCUGUAUGCCCAGCACCUUGAGCAAUUUCUUGGAGAUCCCCUGGAGGCCUGA